AGAGGACGAGGUCCAAGCCCAUCCUCACGGGAACGCAUCCCGUGAACACCACAGUAGAUUAUGGUGGGACCACCUCGUUCCAGUGCAAGGUCCGCAGCGACGUCAAGCCUGUCAUCCAGUGGCUGAAGAGGGUAGAGUAUGGCACUGAGAACAAGUACAAUUCCACCAUCGAUGUCGGGGGGCAGAAGUUCGUCGUGCUGCCCACUGGGGAGGUCUGGUCCCGUCCCGAUGGCUCCUACUUAAACAAACUGAUGAUAACACGAGCCAAGGAAGAGGAUGCUGGCAUGUACAUCUGCCUGGGGGCAAACACGAUGGGAUACAGCUUUCGCAGUGCUUUCCUCACGGUGUUACCAGAUCCUAAGCCACCCAGCGCACCCGUUGCUCCUUCUUCUGCCAGCAGCCUCCCAUGGCCAGUAAUCAUUGGGAUACCUGCUGGAGCAGUCUUCAUCUUCGGGACAAUCCUCCUGUGGCUGUGUCAAACCAAGAAGAAGCCAUGCUCUCCCCCAGCCGCAGCCCCAGUGCACAGACCCCAGCCCAGAGACAGGAUCUGUGUCCCCCAGGUUCCCGAUAAAGACUGCAUCUCCUCCAUAAACUAUGAGGAAUAUGUAGCUCAGCAGCAGCAUUUGCUGUCUCAAGGACCUGCAUUGGCCCCAGCCAUGGCAUCAAAAAUGUACCCAAAGAUUUACACGGACAUCCACACUCACACUCACUCACACGUGGAAGGUAAAGUUCAUCAGCAUCAGCACAUUCAUUACCAGUGUUAAAGGGCCAUCCUGUUCAGUAGCUACCUUGUGCUUUUUUUCUCACGGUACCUCAAAAGAGACUGCUUCAAGUCAGCUUAAACUGCCAGCAAAAAAAGCAAAGCAGAAAAGAUAUAUAUAUAAAUAUAAAUAUAUAUAAAUAUCUAUAUUAAAAAAAAAUAGAGAGCGAAAGAGAUACCUAUUACAAUUAGGAUGUAAAUGAGGAAUAAUGAAGGAAUUCCCAGUCUCAGCACAGAAGCAGCCAUUAAAAACAACAGAACCUUCUUGUAUUUUUAAGUCAAGAUGGCAACAGAUAAGGCAAGAAACUGUGACAUGAAACAUCCCCUCCUCUGUUGCAUUGCCAAAAGGGAGAAGAAGAAAAGGAGACCGCAACGCUAUUCCAGCUUGACAUCAGUCUUCCUGCCUCUGCCACAUACCACCUGUUUUUUGGUGCUAGGCUUAUCAGACUUUUUACUCUUGGGAACGUACAGAAGAGCCUUUUUACCUCAGCAUGACUGAAGCUAGAAAAUACCUGAGGUCGAGUGCCAAAGCACCAGGAGACACAAUCAAGUGGCUUCUUCUGAAAGAACAAAAUAGAGCAAGAGUCUUUGGAGAAUACAUUGAUAUUUAAGAUGUGAAACGCCAAAUGCUUUUCAGCCACAGUCAUUAUGCCCAACAAUCAGUGAUAACUGAGCUAGCCAUUUCUGCAAAUCAAAGGUAUUGUGUUUUCCCCUCUGGGGUAUGUCUCACAGUCUUUUAACCUGCUCACCUCGUCCCAAUGCUAAACUUUACUGCCACUGCCAGGAAAACAAAGAAGGAAAGACAUUGUACAGAACAUCUUUAUAUUUAUAUUUAAGAAAUAAUAAUAAUAAUUAAUAAUAAUAAUUGAACUGUUGAAGGUCAAGAAAGCCAACCAUGCUGCCCUUCUCCGAUGCCGAUAGCUGUGAUUUUCAGUCUGAUGCUUGUGGCUUACAGUGACAAGCUACCGGAUUAAUUACGUCAAUGCAAAAUACAUGGAUAAGUAACAAAGAAAAAGAGAGAAAAAAAGUAAGAAAAUAAAAACUGUUUUGGGAAAGAAUGCAUUUGCUAAAUAUGCACCUAGGAUUGUGUGUGUUCCCCCCCCCAGAUAAUGUUUUGCAGUUCAUCUAAACAACCUAACUUCAGUACCAUUUAUAUAACAGCAACAACAAACCAGAAAGGAAAAAAUAAAUUAAAGGACCAUGCUAAAUGUCUAUACGGACUAGAAAUAAAUUCAAGCGCAAAUAUAAAACUUUUGUAAUUCUAUAUAGAGUUUAAACAGAAGUCAUGUAUAUUUAAUUUAUUUUGUUAAACAAGAAAAAAAUGUAUGAUAUUUUCCUCAAAACAGGCAUUUCUAUACAUAUUUUUGAUCCAAAUAAAGAUAAUUGGUUUUUUCCAGGUU